UUAGGAUUUGGCAUAAAGAUGAACCAAUGAAGCAGCGCUUAGUUACAACAAUACUUUCUAAUAUAGCUAUGUUUCAUAUUACUCGCUUCCGACCUUUUAGUGGCUUCUUGUAGUUUAGGUCAAAUAUUAUUACUGGUACAUCAUUUACUGAAAUUAGUGGUGCAUAAUGAGCUAUGAAGGCUGAACUGAGGAGUCUCAAAUGAAGUUAUACUAACGUUAUAUACUGUGUUCCUUUGUUUAUUUGAAAGGUUACAUUAAGGUGACGUGUUAUUGAAUAGAGUUUGGCAUCGACAUUUUCUCAAUACACAAUGUUAAGACUACUCUUGUCACGGCUAGCUGCGUUAGCUAGCUAGCUAGGCUCAAGUCACAGCGGAGAGAGACAGGAAAGGCAAGAGAGAGAGGGGGGAUGACGUGCAGCAGAGGGAUUCGAACGCAUGCCGCUGCGACAGUGGGCUGGCUGUCAGUCUCAGUGGAGCUGCUGAGCUGCUGCUCACACAUUCCCAACACUCAGUGGGACUGCCACAGGACGGUCAUGAAGAUCACUUGAUGUCUAUUUGGUACCCAAGCCUGUUCUUGUGGGGAAGAUUUUGACUGGAGGUCUCUACCUAGAGCACUGGGAGCCAUGACAGAUUUGUGGUUGAUUUCUGUCCCCCUGGACAAGACCAGUUUAACCAGUGUAGAGAAACUCAAGUGCACCAUUGCCAAAACCAACCUGGCCUCCUGCUGCAAGUUCUCCAUUCCAGAUCUCAAGGUGGGAAUAUUGGACAGUCUGCUCAGCGUGUCAGAUGAUCUCUCCAAGCUUGACACAAUGACUGAAAGUGUGAUUAAAAAAACAUAUCAGUGUAUGAGGGAGGUGAUGGAGCAGUCCUGUGACAAAGUGCUGGAUAACGCCUUAGCCAAUGGAGACCACAGCAUGAAUCAGAGAGCCAUCGUGUCACCCCUGAAAGCUUACCUCAAGUCUCUGAGGGUGGACCUUAUGAGCUACGUGACCAAGUUUCAGUGGGACAAAGCCAAGUAUCCCACAGCUCUGCCUCUCACCAGCCUGGCAGACAUCAUCAACAAGGAAGUUUCCCAGAUGGAGACGGAAUUAAAAUCCCGAGCUGCGGCGUACAACAGUUUGAAAACAAGCUUGCAAAGCCUUGAGUACAAACUAGAUAGGACUUUGCAAACUCGCAGUCUGAAUGACAUAGUGAAGAAGGAAGACCUGGUGGUCUCAGAGUACCUCACCACUCUACUGGUAGGGGUGACCGGAGGGAGCUACUUACAGUGGGAGAGGACCUAUGAAUCUUUGUCAGAGUUUGUGGUUCCACGGUCUAGCAGGAAGCUGUACGAGGAUGAAGAGGGAGGCGUUUUCUCAGUUACACUUUUCAAAAGAGCUGUCUGUGAAUUCAAAGCUAAAGCCCAGGAGAGCAAGUUCACCGUGCGUGAGUACAGCUUUGACCUGGAAGAGAAGAAGCAGCAGGAGAUGAAGCAACUUAGUGUUCACAAGAAGGAACAAUAUGGAAUCUUUGUGCGUUGGCUGAAGGUGAAUUUCAGUGAGGUGUUUGUUGCCUGGGUUCACCUGAAAGCGUUGAGGGUGUUUGUGGAAUCAGUCCUCAGGUAUGGAUUACCGGUGAACUAUCAGGCUCUUCUGCUGCAGACGGACAAGAAGGGUUCCAAAAAAGUGAGAGAAGAACUCGCCUCACUGUUCAUGCAUCUGGACCCCACUGCCACUGCCAGCAAGACAGAUGUAAGCUGUGACAUCCCAGGACUCAGUCAACAAGAAUACUUUUCCUACAUCUGCUUCCACAUCAACAUCAAUGUGCUGGAGAUCAGCUAGCAGUCAGCAAAGAGAAGACCCACUCUAUGACUCAAGCUAUGAGGGCCCCGACACUCGUGUGUCGACCCUCAACUCUAAAAUAAAACACAUCCAGUGAAGAAUAUAUCCUUGAAUAUAUUAGUUUUCAACAUUUUUCUUGAGCCAGCAAUAACUGUCCAGCUUCCCUGGGACAGCAGUGUAAAUAAUAUUGUCAGGAACAGUGAAUGGAUUGGAACCCUCUUCACCACAAUAUCAGCUGCACAUGUGCUACACUUUGUGAUGUGCUGCACAUGGAACUGUGGAACCAUUUAAAUAGGUUUAAUAUCUAAAAAAUGUUGUUCAGUGUUUUCUUUUGAAAGAACAUGUACUGUAAAUGUUAAUGUCAGUGUACAGCUUCAAGCAUUUUAAGUGAGCACAUUCUUCUUAGAAAUCCUAAAGCCAGUGUGUGAUAGUGUCUUUCUUCAUGCACAGUUGUACAUUAUUCAACAAAACAGUCCAGUACAUUUUUCAGUGCAUUAUACAGUAUAUUCUGCAAGGACAGCAUAUAAUGACUCUGUAUACAUCACUUUUCUUUUAACUCAUGUUUGAUCAGAAUGUUUUUAAAUGUAAUCCUAUCAGUGGUGGAAGGAGUACUCAGAUCCUUUACAUAAGUAAAAGUACCAAUACCACAAUGUAAAAAUACUCCAUUACAAGUAACAGUACUGCAAUCAAUAUCCUACUUAAAGUUAUAAUCCUUAAGAUUUUCAUGAAAUCAGACCAAAUUUUUUAUAUUUAUUGUCAAGAUUUUUUCUGCAAUAGUCAUUGAAUGUAUUUACAUUAGUAGCGAGGUGUGCCAUUCCUGCACUCGCUGUUACUACCACCAGUAACUACAGAUGUCGCCAAGUCAACCAGCACUGAAAUCUUAAUAACUUUAAGUGGAACUACAGACGUAUUAUCAGCUAAAUGUCCUUAGAGUAUCAAAGUAAAAACACUUGUUUUGCAGUAAAAUGGCCCCUGUG